AUGUCCAACGCUACCGUCUCCGCCCCCGUUGCCGCCCCGAGCGUCAAUGUCACAUACGCUCCUCCGGCCUUCCCGGCCCUUGAGCCAUUCUUUGCCGGCAACCACCAGUUCGCGGCCGACCGCAACGCCUCCAACCCCAACUACUUCCCCAAGCUGGCUGAGGGCCAGGCUCCUCCCCUCGUUUGGAUCGGCUGCGCUGACUCGCGCGUGCCCGAGUCCGUCGUCCUUCACCAGGACCCCGGACAGGUCUUCACCACCCGCAACAUCGCCAACCAGUUCCACGCCGACGACUGGACCUCGAACGCCGUCAUUGAUUACGGUGUAGGCCACCUGAACGCAUCCCACGUCGCGAUUGUCGGCCACACCCACUGCGGUGGUGUCAAGGCCGCCUACAACAGCCCCAAGCCCGACGCUACCACCGGGCAGGGCAAGCCCGAUGGCCACGGCCAUGGCAAGGGCAAGGGCAAGGGCAAGGACAAGGACUGCGACAAGAAGGGCAAGGGCAAGGGCAAGGGCAAGGGUGGCAAGCACGAUGACCACGAGGAGGACGAGGAAGACGACGAGCCCGCCGAGGACGAGGCGCUCAACAACUUCCUUGCGCCCCUUAUCACGCUGCGCCACUCGCUCCCCUCUACUGCAACCGUCAUGGACCUGACGGUCGAGAACGUCAAGCUCGGCGUUGCGACUGUCGUCAACAGCUCGGCCAUCCAGCACGCCUGGCACGCCGGGAAGACUGUGUGCGUUCACGGUUGGCUGUUUGACAUCGGCACUGGCCUCCUGACCGACAUUGGCGUCAGCAACUGCGGCCCCGCUGGCCCUUCGCACUAG